AUGGACUCUCGCCAUCGCCUGUUGUAUAUAGACAUGACGCAGAAAUUGCCAGAAAAUCCUUCUGCUGUUGACCAACGGCCAUCUCCUAGUCCGAGCUACAUGAGCUCAUCUCCUGUGUCCUUUGACUACAUCGAAGAACAGUUUGGUGGAGGUCGUCGAUACAAAUUACCGCCUGUCGAAUUGACUCCCUCACGGCUGAGGACCAGACUCAAGGCCACAGAGCGGGACAUUGGUAUUGUCAAGCACGCUUCUGCCCGACGCCAGGCCUAUCAAAAUACCUCCGCCGAGGCUGGGCUUCCUACAGUUCCAUUCAACCACAUGGCGCAGGACGGUCCUUCAACUUCAACAAGCGAGACGUCAUCACUUACAUUGAACGCGGUCAACAGUCGUCACACCUCACCCUUUCCUCCACCACAAACUCCUGCACCACUACAGGAUUUGUUUUAUGGCCCUAUGGACCAGCAGCCUCCUUGGAUGGAGCAAAACCCAUCUGAUGAUUUCGGCAUGAUGCAGCCUCAUCCUUUCACGGCGGCUGGAUUGCUUGGAGAUCAAGCUCUUGGUAUGGUUGGCAUGGGCGACAAGUCGCUGUGGCCUGCACCGUCUGUGACUAAUGUGCAAGGCUCUCAACCGAUCAACACACAGAAUGCGAGCCGCCUUGCACCUCUGCUUUCUCACACACCUUUUCAUUUUCCCGCCAGUUCAUCUGCUCAGUCUGUCAUGUCUCGCGGAUGUUCGCUAGAUCCAACAGGCCAACCUUCUGUGGGAUUUACGCAGAACUCAUCAUUCACUCUGCGUCCUGUGGCAUAUUUACCGCCUCAAGAUCAUGCUCGUCCUAUCCCAGCCACGAAUAUCAUCCCGCCAACCCCACUCCAUGUUGGUGGCAGUAACACCUCUGCCGCCUCUGCGUCCACCAAUAAUGGACCCCCAAGAGACCCCAGUCCAAAGUUGGACAUAGGGUACUAUCCUCCAGCUACCACCCACCGCGUACGGUUCCCUGAAGAGAGCGAGCCCAUAACGCACGGAGAGGAUCAAGCAGUAACUGGCCGCAGGUCAGCCGAAAUGAACACAGCCCUCGAUACUGGGUUUGCGGACAUCGAGCGUUACUUUCUUGAGCUCUCAGUCCCAGUGAAAACCCACUCUUCCCAGAAUGGCUGA